AUGGCGGAUUCUUGCAAGCGUUUUAAGGCAUGCAAAAUUCGCGUUAAUACGCAGUCAACAAAGGGAAAAAAAACUACAAGACAUGUGCGUUUAAAUUCAAAGAACUAUUGCAAGAUUUCUCAGGAGUCAAGUUCGAGUAAGCAGAAGUCUUUCACAACGGGAAUGGAAGAAGAACAUGUUGAUGGUUCAAAUAUCGACGAUAUAAAUAGCAGCCAUGAAAGUGAUGACCAAGCUUUUUCUAGUCUUUCACGAUAUCACUUGCGCCGGGUGAAAGAGUAUCACAGUUGGGAAGAUGUGAGGGGGUCUCUUUUGCAAGCACGCAUUGAGGAAGAAGCUUUUUGUGACGAAAGUAUAAUGUGCAUCGAGUGCCAUAACAACUUCGCUGUUUGUCGCUGCGUGGAUUGUGGUCCUAGACAGUUGUUUUGCAUCAACUGCGCGAAAACUAUCCACGAACAACGCAACGUCUUUCACCUACUUGAAAUUUUCAAGGAUGGUUGUUUUGUUCCUUUAUUUGUUAAUCAUGGUGUUUUGACUCUUGAUCACCAAAGAAAUUGUCCAACUGCACAAGCACAAAACAUUAUUUGUAUUGAUGAAAAAGGGCAUCAACACUUGAAAUGGAUCAACUUUUGUAACUGUGAAGAUGCUGCAGUUACACUUGUAAAGUUCCAAUUAUGGCCAGGAUCAGCUGUUAGACCUCAGGUUGCAUUUCAUUUUAAGUUGGUUACACUUGCUGAGACACUUCUAUUGGAAUGCCAUGUAUCGUUAAAGAAAUUUUGUGAUGUGUUGGGCCUCAAUAAGUCCAAUAUGCUUCCUGUUUGGGUUAAGAAUCUCUAUAAAAUAUUGAAUGAUGAUUCUUUUGAUGAAUUUAGAUAUCACCAACAUUUGUUCAAAACAAUGAAACAAUUUGUCUUGCAACAAAAACCUGACAAUGUUUGCCCGUUAUGUCCUUUGCAGAGUGAAACUGAUACUGACAAGAAUGUUGCCAUUGAGUGCAUGGAUGGAUGUUUUGGGCUUGUGAGAAAAAAGUCUGCUGGUGCGAAUCUUUUACCUGCCAGACACAAUGGUACAUUUUUUGCCAAUCAGGAUGAUGUCGAUAGCUUUGUUGAUGACAACUCAAAGAAGGCAAAGCAAGCCCCUACUGAUUGCAAUGAAUUUAAAUCUGGUGAGGUUAGUAACAUGUUACGAUCCAAAGGAAGAAAUAAGCUUUUUGACGAGAAGGGAGUGUUUGGUAGAGUAUGCAGACAUGAAUACCCAAGGGGAUUUAUGAGUAUCAAACAUGGAGAAAGGAUAGCAUAUUCAGUGUAUGAGGUUAAAAAGCUUCUGUGUCAUUAUGAUGAGGAUACUGAUGUUAAAAUAAUGUAUGACAUUGCAUGUACUUUGUCUGCCCACCUAAAGAAAAACGAAGAGCAUACCAUUCUUGGACGCAUUGACUUGGCAAUUCCUGUUUUCCAUGCAUAUGGACAUAAAUCUUCUUGCCAGGUUGCUUUUGGUCCUAGAAGAAAGGAGGGAUUUGGCCUUACUGACGGUGAAGGAAUUGAAAGACUUUGGUCUUACCUCAGAGGAUUUUCAUCAAUGACAAAGGAAAUGACAGCUGGUCGAAGGGUUGACGUAUUAACAGAUGCGCUUCUUCACCAUGCAAGACAUCGUCUUCUACAGUUUGGUCCGGCAUUGUUGUCUAAAAUGCAAAAAACAAAGAAACUAAUGGAAAACUCAGUAGUACAGUUGGAGGAGAUCUUUUCAGAUUUUAAAGGUAGAACAUCUUAUCUAACAUUUGAUAGUAUUAAACAGUUAUUGGAUGAGGCUUUUGUAUAUGCGGAAAAUUUCAAUGUAAGUGUUAGUAUCAUAGUGCUGUCAUAG